GUGAGGAAAGACUAGGUUGCCCCCAGUCUAUUUAAUCUUUCGUUCUUCUUUCUAACUUUUUACAUCAAAUGUCUCAACCUCAAUUCUCAGAAAACGAUCAACGUGAACUUGCUCAGUUCCUUGAAGCUGAACAAGCCAAGGCUCGCGUUCAACAAACUGUACAUUCUUUAACUGAUAACUGUUGGGACAAGUGUAUUUCCAAGGUGAAUAACAAAUUGGAUCGUAGUGAGGAAGCUUGUUUAUCAAACUGUGUCGAUCGCUUCCUUGACACCAGCAUGUUUAUUGUCAAGAGACUUGAAGAAUUAAGAAAUACUUCCAUGUAAAUUAACUAUACACGCGCUUAAAAGCCAGAUUACAUACUGUCUCCAAAAAAAAAAAUGUAUUAUAUCAAUAUAGUUUAUUUUCCCUCCUGUCUUAAAUUAUUUUUAAGUCAAGUAUGUUUUUUAUGUGCCUGUAAAACAAUGUAACCUUGGUUGUGACACCGUGACUGGGGAGAUCGCACUAGCUAUUAUUUACCAACCAUUCCUUUCCUUUUUUUCUUUUUUCUUUUACUCUUUCUUAAGCCCCCGCUUUUUGCAGUAUGUUGCA